AUGAUACACGUUCAGUUGGAAGAAGAACUAGCUGAAGAUAGGGAAGAUGAUUUUGUUAGAAAGUAUGGAGAUAUAGAUGUCAAUUACAUCAAAAAGCCUCCGGUCCAAGAUUGGCUCUUCAAUAAACCGUACGCUCUAAACUUCUUUUACGGAGGAACUCUCUAUCGAACAAGAGCACCACGGGGAGAAAGCGGAAAAACCGAGCUUUUCCUCGACCUUGUAUAUGUUGGUAUUGUAGCGAAGUUGGCAUCUGCAGCAUGUACAGAGCCUACCGGUUUGUCUCUUUUACGCUAUAUCUUACUAUUCUUUCCAACUUGGCAGGUGUGGUCAGACAUCAAGGACUUUAUGAAUUACUACUUCAACGAGGAUCUAUCUCAGAAGUUGUAUAUGCUCUGGAUUCUUGCUUUAUUGGUGAUCUAUUGUAAUGGCACCAAUUUCUUAUUGGAAUCUAACGCUGCCAAUGCUUAUGUCAUUGUGCCUUAUAUUCUAUGCAGAGUAUCAUUGGCCAUUUCUCUUUAUAUUUAUUCCAUAUGGAUCCCCCAACACCGUCCUCAGAUUAUUUUCUAUGCUACUACAGUCCUUAUAACAUGUGCACUGUGGAUUCCUGUUAUAUUCGUUCCCGUCAAAGUGAAGAUAACCUUGGCAAUUAUUACGAUCUUUUUGGAAAAUAUCUUCUGGAUUUUCUCCUACGGGCCCACCAUUAAAAGGCUUCUGAAGUUGAAAUACUCUACUGCUGUUAAUAUUGAACAUGAAGUGGAGAGAAUCGGUGCUUUCUAUGUUAUUGCAAUUGGUGAAUUCUCUUACAAUGUUGUGGCUACUACUGCAACCAAAAACUAUGGUUUAGGAAUCUCUGAAAAAAUAGGUCGUGCUAUCAUGCUAUUGAUUACUUCAUAUAUCAUGAUGUGGAUGUAUUUUAAUGGUGAUGGCUCAUUCAAAGCUGUUCAUGCCAUUCGCAGAUCUUCAACAACGGCAUGGAUGUGGAUGUUGGCUCAUAUGCCGCUUAUUUCUUCACUCAUUCUUUCUGCCGAUGCAGCUUCCGAUAUCUGCUACCAGGAAGAAUACAUAGAAGAAAAAGGACUAUCAUUUUUCUUCACCGGUGGCUUAGCCGUAUCAUUAAUUUCAUUAUUCUUUAUUUCCAUGUUGGAUAAAUCUCUUGAUGAUUGUGGAAGGAGUGGGGAGAGACACCGGGUCACCAAGAUUUGGAGGUUAUUACCAAGACUUUGUGCUGCCGUUAUUAUCUUAUGUCUCAGCUUCACUGAUAAACUUACUAUUACAGAAUUGUUUGCCACAGUUAUGUGUGUUUUAACCGCUGUUUUCGUCUACGAAAUUAUUGUUAGCAUGGCAUCUGACUGCUCAGAAGAGGUUACCGAUGUUUAG